AUGUCGAACUCCAACGAAAAGGACGAUUACGACCCCAACCUACCACCCUCCUACACCGACUCCCUCCGCCCACAGACAACCGCAUCGUCGUCAGCACCCCGCGGCCAAUCCCUCCUCGACACUCUAACACUUACCCGCGCCACCACCAUCCGCUCCGUAAUCCACACUUCCAUUCUCCCGCUGCUAUCCUCGCGCGCUGCCAUGGGCCUGCCCUCCACCGUUCUCGCCCUCCUGCCCUCGGACAUCCCUCUUCCACCGCCACCAGAAAAGAACGAGUUCUCGUUCGCGGGGUAUGCAGGCGCGGAGAACGUUGAAAAUCAGGUAAAGGUUAUUGCUGAGGAUGGUGGGGAGGAGGCAGUGGAGGUGGUGAGGUUGGUGGGCGAGGGGAAUACGGGUGCGUUUUGGCGUUCAACAGUUGUGGUGGAAGAGUUGCAGAGAGGUCUGAGAGAUGUGCUCAAUGAUGGGGAAGAGAGGGGUAUGCCGGUUGUGAAGGAGUUGGAGGAGGCGAAGAAGAAGGAGAAGAGGGGGUUCUUUGGGCGGAGGAAGGAGGGAAAGGCGGAGGAGCAAGUGGGUGGGUCGGAGGUUAUGAUGGGAGGUGGGGACAAGGUUUUGGUUCGCGUGAGGGUCGAGGAGAUAUGCUUGCGAACGACGAAUGAGUUCGGGUUAUAUGACACGAUGAAUAGACAGUGCGUUGUUGUGAGGGUGGAUGUGGCGUGUUGA